AUGUCUCACUGGAAUCGAUGCAGUAGCAGCGGCAGCAGCAGCUCUGGAGUCCAUGCAGCAGCAGUAGCAGCAGUAGCAGCAGCAGACAUGGCAACUGCAGCACAGGCAGCAGCCAAGGCGAAGACGCGCGGCAGCAGCCACAGCAGCAGCAGCAAUUACCUGGAGCUGUUGCUCUUGCUCUUGCUGCUGCUGCUGCUGCUUCCGCUGCAGCAGCAGCAAGAAACGUCGCCGGGCCUCUCGGCGGUUGUCGGAGAGAGGCCUGUGGGAGCAGCAGGAGCAGCAGCAAAAGUAGAAGCUGCUGCAGCAGCAGCAGCAACUGCAGCAGCAGCGGCAGCGGCAACAGUAGCUUCGGCAGGCAGCAGAAGCAGCUUGGUCUGCUGCAGCAGCGCAGCAAACAGUAGCAGCAGCAACACGCGGCAGCAGCAGCAGCGACAGCAGCAGCGACAGCAGCAGCAAGCGGCAACAGCAGCAGCAGCAGCAGCAGCGCCUUACCUGUAUGUGUGGCACCUCACCUGCAGCUUCAGUUUGCUGCAGCGGAGGCAGCAGCAGUUGCUGCUGCUGUUUAUUUUGCUGCCGCCGGGCCCGCUGCCCCGGACUACAGACUCAGCAACAUCAGCAGCAGCAACUCCAAACAGCCGCAGCUGCUUCUCCCACUCGGCGUUGUUCAGCAAGUCUGCUGCUGCUGCUGCUGCUGCUGCUCUUAGGGGAGGCACGCUGCUGCGGCUGUUGGCUCCACUGGGCGGGAGACGAGCAGCAGCAGCUGCAGCACUGGCUGUUCGUGCUGCUGCUGUUGCUGCUAUUUUUAUUGUUGCUGUUGCUGCUGCUGCUGCUGCCGAGCCCACAUUGAAACUGGCGGACCGGAGGAAGCAACUUGCUGCUGCUGCUGCUGCGACGCUGGGGGGCCCUUGCAGCAGCAGCAGCAGAAGCAGCAGCAGCAGCAGCAGUGGCUGCCGCUCGCCUAUCUGCUGCUUGCUGUUCAUGCCCGUCGCUGCGGCUUUCAGCUGCAGCGGGGGCUUCCGUGCAAUCCCAUGUUGA